AUGGACAAAGGAGUGUGCUGGUUUAGUGGAGUCUUAUACAACAAGAAAGAUUGGCGUCAUUACAUAUUGUUCGUGAUACCAAUGAGUUUGAUAACUGGUGUGAACUUGGUGCUGUGGUUGCUGACUGAAGUGCACUGUGUGCGUGUCAAAUCAGUAGCACAGCAACUGCAUGCUGGUUCAGAAAUUGCACAACGUUAUCGGAUGUAUAAAGAAAAUUUCCAGUUGACUGUGAAGCUAUUUGUACUAAUGAGUAGUAGUUGGUUAAUUCAAACAAUCGCGAUCUUUAUAAUCAGUUCCGAUGGUGAGGUGCCUGUGGUAAUUAACUAUUUGGACGAACUCCAUGGAUUGUGGUUAUUCAUUAUUCUGGUUUUCAAACCAAAAAAGAUUUACAAUUACAUCAGACGGAAACUUGGACUGAGGAAAUCAAACGAAAUAGGUAAUGGUACGUUAUCACCGCAGGCAGUCUCUACAAACAUUUCAAUGACGAGUGUAGUAACAUCGAUAUCGAAUUCUUCAAUUCCAGCAACUUAACGGAGUACAGAAACGAAAGAAGAACGACAA